AUGGCUAACACCAUCCUCCUCCGAAACGGCACCGUGCUAUCCCAUGAUGGCGAUAAGGUCGUUGUUCUCAAAGACCAUGACAAUCUCAUCGUCGGAAAUACAAUCGAUCAAAUCGGGCAGGAUCAUCUCUCCUGGAUUCAUCAUACGCACCACCAUUUGUGGCAGACUCAGUUGAAAGGAAGACACGGCGAUGAGGGUUUUAUGGAUUACAUGGUCUCAGGAAAUAUCCAAUCCUACAAUUACAAACCUGAAGACAUAUUCUGGGGCCAACUAGCCGGCUGUCUCCAAAGCAUCAACACAGGUCAACUGAAACCCUUCGUGCAACGGCCUCUUCCGGCCUACGCUCCAUCUUCUGCUACAGCUCCAUCUCGCGCAUCAAAAGCUGGUCUUCAGAGGUCGAUUACGACAACACCUUACUCCCGGACUGAUGCCACGCUGGCCUCACUCGCAAAAUCCGCGCCUUACGGCGGUGGUCGAGUCACUCUGGGGGUGGGGUUUGAUCAAUUCCAGCUCCCCAAAGAAGUCAUAAACCUCUGGGAAAAAUCGCGCGAGUUGGGCGUAAAAAAGGACUCCGUGAACCUCCUUUCCGAGUACGGUCUACUGGACAAAUCAAUCCUCUUCUCGCAUGCUAACGGCAUCUCUGAAUCUGACGCUGCCCUUCUGGUUUCAAAAGGGGCACAUAUAUCCACUACCCCAGCGACAGAAAUGCAAAUGGGUCUCGGCGAAAGCGUCGCUUUUAGAAACGACACAAAACACCACGCGUCGAUUGGAGUGGAUUGCCAUGCUAACAACUCGAGUGAUCUGCUCACGCAGCUCAGGCUAGGGAUGCAACAGGCCCGCGCCGCUGAGGAUAGUCAAGCUAUGGCACGGGGCGAGUAUCCAAGUGUGGCGAUCAAAGUUGAAGUGUUUAACCUCGGCACGAUCCAGGGUGCGAAAGCCAUCAAUAUGGAAGAUCAGAUUGGGAGUAUUGAGGUUGGUAAACGGGUUGAUCUUGUGGUUUUUGAUGCCUCAUCGCCGGGGAUGGUGUGUGCGGCUGAGGAGGAUCCUGUUGCGGCGGUGCUAAUGUAUGCUGGGGUGGGCUAUGUUGAGAUCGUGAUUGUGGAUGGGGUGGUCAGGAAGCAAGGGGGGAGGCUGAAACGAAACGGGGAGAGGCGAGGAGCAGGUUAUUGGAGAGUAGAGAGAGGAUAA